AUGGUGGUCAUUAAUGGUCCAAACUCAAAGGGUCCUACGAUAAACCUCUUUCUCCAUCGACGCGGCUCGCCUUCGCUUCCCGAGGUGCCAUUGAGUCACUCGGGUCGGUACAUCAUCCUUGCCUUGAUCUUCCUGGUCCUGUGCAGCCUUCUCCUGGUCAUCAUCCUCCAAUUCCAGUCGCGCAGGAUCGACCAACGCCUGCAGGCCGUCAUCGCCGCCCAUCAACCCCGUCAAACCAGGCCCCGGUCCCGGCUCGAAGCACCCCCGCCGUGUCCGUUCAUCCCUCCGUCCCGUCGGCCGCCGGCUUCUUUCCCUUCGGUAUCCUGUCGUGGCUCGAUCCCCGAUUCUUCCAUCUCCGACCCCUCGACCGAUACUGACGAAACCGUUCCUCGCAGGACACCCCACCUAUUCAUCGGCUUUGAUUCCCAAAACCCUCCCUCUGCCUGCACCCAUCCCUCUCCGGUCUUCAAAUACUUGGAUGAACCUUUCUCUCCCACAUCGCUCAAAUCAUUGGGUUCCCGGUUUUAUAAAUUCAAUUCCUUUCAACGACGCACGUUAUCCAACGACUUGGUCAGAUUCAAGGCUUAUAUUCACAAUGAAUAUCUUACGAAGGUCGAGUCGCCAUCAUUCUGGAGUACGACCAACCGAUAA